GUUAUAAAUAAGUAACUUGGUGGCAAUCUUCAUAGUAGAAUCUUUGAAAGUUAUCAAGUUGGAACAUAAUCAUUCUUUCAAAGUAUUUGUUUAGAUAUUUAAGAUACUCUUCUCUGUGCUUACAUUAUCAAAGAAAGACAAUUCAUUGUGUUAGAUAUAUAAAAAAAAUGGUGGCAAUGCAAAUACUUUUACUAUUCUAUUUAUCCAUGGUUUUACAUAAAAAAGAUGUCGCCAAUGCUAUGGUUACAGUCGAAGAAGUUGCCGUUGGUCAUUUAGCUCAACUUCCAUGUCAAAGUAACGAUGAUCAACAUCGAUUUAUGUUUUGGCAGCUUACCGAUGACAGUCGUAUUAUCGGUCCUGGAAAUCCUAUCGAUGUUAAUAAAUAUAAUUAUGAAGUAUUAACCGGUACACUUUAUAUCAGGGGAGUAUCAACUGCAGAAGCUGGUUUUUAUAAAUGUAUUUCCAGAGGUUUAAACGAUCAUUCUUCAGUUAAUGUUCAUGUCGUUGAAUUAAUAGUUAAGAAAAAUUGGGAAGACGUUUGGGAAAAUGAUUUUGAGACAAAUUUGUUGAGAGGAAUGGCUGCGGUAAUGGUAGUGGUUGUAGCUAUCGCUGUUAUCCUUCUAAUCGUAAUAGUCAAACGAAAAAGGAAUCAAGGAUUUUUUGAUUUGGAUGAAUCAAGAGAUAAUUCACCAGAAAGAUUUAGAGGAAAUAUUAUAAACACUUCUGCAGCUGUACCGGCACAAGGAAUAGUAAACAUGAGUGAAGAUGGAGGAAUAGAAAAUCCUACUCUUGACAUAGAUUUUCCCAAGUUAACAUCAAAGAAACGAAAUAGACUUAAAGAGAAACGCGUUUUAAACAAUCGCACAGUAUUACAAUUCAUACUGUUAAAAUUUUAAGAGAAAAUAGUAAUUUAUAUAUAAAUUAUGACAGAAUUUUGCAAUGCAACCCGUUUUAUUGUAUAUACAAAAAAUAAAUCCUUUUAUUAAUUUUA